CGUGAAUAUCUUCAUUAAAUCUGUUCUUAUUGGAAUAAAAAGCAGGAUGAAGACUUUCAUAAUCAUUAUUUUAUUUCUCUUGUGUGCAGGUGUGUUUGGUGAUGAAGUGAAGUCGGUGAUGGAGGGAGAUUCUGUUACUCUACACACUGAUCUUACUGAAAUAAAGACAGGUGAUCUGGUCUGGUGGAGGUUUAAAAAAGGCGAUUCUAAAGAUCUUUUAGCUGAAAUUGGUAAAAACAAGAUCUGGUAUGGUGAGAGAUUUAAAGACAAACUGUUGACAGACGGUAAGACUGGAGAUCUCAACAUCACGAACAUGAAGAUCAAAUAUUCUGGACUCUAUGAAGCAGAGAUCAACAGUGGCACUGGAACAUCAUACAAGAGAUUUCAUGUUACUGUCAAUGAAUCUCCUCGUGUUAAUAAUGCUGGAAUGAGUGUUGUGAAGUCAGUGUCAGUGACUGAGGGUGAAUCUGUUUCUCUACAAACUGAUGUUAAACUACAGGCAGAUGAUCUGAUACUGUGGAGGUUUGGAGAUGAAAGCGUUCUCAUAGCUAAAGGUGAUAUGGAGGACAAUAAGACUUCAGUAUAUGAUGAUGAUGAUGGGAGUUUCGGAGACAGACUGAAGCUGAAUGAUCAAACUGGAGAUCUCACCAUCACUAACAGCAAAUCUAAACACAGUGGACUUUAUCAGCUAAAGAUCAUCAGUAACAAACAAACCAUAUACAAGACAUUCAGUGUUAUUGUCAGGGGAGCUGGUUCAUCUUUAGGUGUUAUAGCAGGAUUAUGUGUUUUCUUCCUCCUGGUUAUUGCUGCUAUUAUUGCUGCUGGUUUGAUUUUGUAUCGUCACAAGAUCUCUAAACUAUUGGUUCCUGUAGAUGAACAGAAAAGUUUGGUGCCACACAGUGAAAUGGAAGCAGAAAUGAGAGAUGAUGAGUUAAAGGAAGGUAAGACAAACAUCUUCACCCUGUCAGGUCCCAAACAUUAGAGGAAAAAUC